AUGUGCGACACCUACGACGAUCUGAACUUCAUGAGCGACAACUUGCGACCUGAAGCGCUUAGACGCUUGCAGUUACCAGUCGUAAUAAAGUCAGGAACCGUGAAGGCCUUGCGCGUUCAGAUUCCAUGGAAGAGCCUCGGAAGGUCAUCAAUUGUCAUCCAUCUGGACGGACUAGAGCUCUUACUUGGACCCAACGACUCUGUCUUUCUUGAUCCGGCAUCAGCUCUGAACGCCAAGCGCAAGCGCGUUCGAGAUGCAGAGGAGCUGAUCCUGUCUCGACGCGAUGCCAGCGUCGGAAAAGACACUGGAGAUACCAGAACCUGGCUGAGGACCAUUGUGGAUGGUGUGAUCGGAAACCUCAAGCUAAGCAUCUCCAACGUACACGUUCGAUUCCAAGACUCAUUGAGUGAAAUCCAUGGACCCGCAGCUGUGGGAGUCAAACUUGACAGGCUUGUUGCCUUUUCUGUCGACAAGGAUGGAAAGGAGACUUACGUGUCCGGCGAAGAGCUUGAUUGCACGCGAAAGGCUCUGGAGCUACGUGGUCUAUCAGUGUAUUGCCAGCCAUCAUUGAACAACAUGACGACUGCAUCAAGUGACCGCUGGCAGUUUUCAACCUCUGAAUGUUUGGUCGAGCCUUUGAAUGGAUCAGCAUCAUACAGUCGUGCAGGAAAGAACCAGACUGCGUCCUUGGGCUCCCCUCAACAAGAUCUCGCAGUGACUCUUGACAGUGUUUCAUUUGCGCUUUCGGAGGACCAGUAUCGGCUGAUUAUGAAGCUCGUUGACAAGUUUGCAGCUGCCCAACGCCGACAAGAGUUGGCUGAUAUCCGACCUUCGUGCAGCGUUCAAGAGUGUCCUUCAGCAUGGUGGACAUUUGCAAUAAAGGCAACAAUGAAGAAGAUAAGGAAGGGACGAUCCUUCACGGACUGGAAUGAGCUUAUUCGCCGCACCAGAAUAAGGAAUGCAUACAUCCCCUUGUAUGCCAAGCAUCUUCUCCAAAGAGCUGUCCAAAAGCCAUUUGAAAAGAAUCAGGAGCUUUUGUCCUUGGAGACAGAUGUUGAACCAGAAGUUUUGCUGCAGUGGAGGCUUGUCGCUCAUGAGCUGGUGUCACAAGAAAUGAAAAAACAGAAGGGGAAAGAUCCCAGAAAUUCUGCCCUCCCGACCCACCUUGAUGCUGAAGACUGGACUCAGUUGCAAGCACUAUUACCCGAGGCUACAAACAGCGAGACCACAGUUUCUGAGAUUGUGCAUACACGGUGGUCUGUUAUUGUGAAGGAAAGCAGAUCAGUUAUCAAGGAUUCCCAUGGCGUUUCCCUUUUGAGCCUCAACUGCAAGAGGAUUCAAGUUGCAUCCAGUAUGCACUUGGAAACCACAGAUAUCCAUGUUCAAGUUGGACCAUACUGUGUGGAGUCACCAGAGGGAGAACUUUUUUGGAGUGGGCAAGGGCCAGAGAACACCCUGGAUUUUCUCUGUGUGAUGCAUCCUAAGGGACAAAACCUGGACUGGUUAUUACAUGGCUCAGUCCAGCAGGCUCAUGUUCUGUUCAUCAAGUCAAGCUUGGAUCGCAUCAUUGAGUUCUUUCAGAGUAGCGACGCCUUGAGUCCUGCUCUUGCAUUGGACACUGCUGACGCUUUUGAGCAAACUGUUGAAGAGAUCAAACGCCAGGCUCAGGCACAGCUGACGAACUUCAUGCGCUCAGUUUCCCGAUUUGAGGUUGUCCUUGAUGUGUUUGCUCCUGAAAUCACAGUCCCAUCUCUUUCUGAAGGCUUCCAAAGCACCAAAUUGGUGUUUAAUCUUGGCCAUCUUUUCCUUAAUUCAAGGGCGCAGCCAAACCACGCAUCCACAUCAAGCACGACCUCGGACCUGUACAUGAAGUUCCAUGCCAAGUUGGAAAACGUUUCAGCCUGUUUCCAGAUUGUCAGCGCUGCCAGUCUUAGGCACCAACCCGCAGCCAUAGAAUCACAAAUAGUGAAAUCGAUUCCUGUGUUGGAAGACUGCAGUUUCGUGUCAUCAAUCGAACAGAUCUGGGUACCUCAGCCUGAUUUUCCAACUUUGAGGAUCAGUGCAAGGGCUCCAUCUCUGGAAGUUCACUUUUCUCCUGAGAUACUCCAUUGGCUUUUGAGAUCAGCUGAGGCUGUGCAGGGAUGUGGCUCCCAAACUGCAUCUGUUGUGCCCUGGGAGUCUGCUGACUACAAAGGCUGCAUUCACAUUCUCAUAAGACAGGGCAUAUCUAGUACUGAAUUUGCUUGGCAAAAGAGGGUGGGGGCUGUGGCUGGGCCCUUUCUGUACAUACUACCCCUGGAAAAUAGACGCUCCUACAAGCAACGGAUCAGCCUUCGAAACAAGAUCCUUUUGUGUCUUACACAAAAUGGCACCAGUGGGCUGGAGGAGAAUGCCCUUGUGAUUGGCCCUCCUGGCUGCACUGAGGAGAAGGCUGUGAGAACCUCAACCGCCUUGCUUUUCAAGCCGGAUUCUGCGGUGGCUUAUGAAGCUUGGAAGUCCAUCUUGCUUUCUGCCAUUCACCGAGCCUCUGAUGCAGCAUUGUCUCAGUUGAGUGAAGACUUGUCGCUGGGGUCCCAACACCAGCCACAUGUCCGACCAGCUGGUUCUGCGGCGGUGCUCUUUGUCGGAGAAAUGGGUACUCUGCGGAUGACAUUACAUGGGAAGCGUCAACUUCCAGAUGUACACUCAGGGACUGAGACUCCCCUUGUGGUUCUUGAGGCCUCGAGUGCAGUGGUCGAAACCACACUCCUUGAAAACUCUGACCUUAUCCUUGGAGCGGCUCUUUCAUCACUUGAAGUCAAAGAUCUUGUCUCGUGUGAUGCUGGGCCGGCAUGCCGGUUUCUUGCUCGAUCCAGCGAGAUGUUGAGAACCCCCAGCAUGCCAAAGGACUGGUCCCUUAAUAAGGAAGAGACGAGUGAGGUGUUUCAUGAUGCCAAUGAAUUGUCGUUUCCGACGCAUCCAUCGCAAGAAACGAGUGGUCAUCGGUCGAGCCUUUGGAGCAUGUCAGAAUAUUACGAUGCUGUGGACUUUCCAGUGGAUGGUGGCGAUAAGCCACUGGCAAGCGAUGAAGUUCCUUCUCUUGAAAGCAGGCCUGCCUUGUUGGACCGACCUUGGAAGAGAACAAGUGCUUUUGUCCAAGUCCAGUACAUCAUGCGCGUUCCAGAUUCUCCAGAAUUUUCUGGCGUGAAUGCUGAGCUAAUAUUGGACCUGAGUGGCUUGAGCUUUUGUUGCAACCGACCCACUGUCCUGGCACUGAUUGGAGUGUCCUUAGACAUGGCCGCUGUGCCCACAUUUGCACCCGAGCCUGCGAAGUCACAACCUGGAAGUGCAGCAGAUCCUAGCUCUCUACCAGUGAAGGUAGAGGUAGCAGAGGACAACGAGAGGACACUUUUCAGGUUGACUCUUUGUGUGGGGGACUUGCGGGUCACUUUGAAUGGAGAUGAUGGCCUUCCCCUUGCAGUGCUCACAAAACAGAAGCUUGUGUUCCAGUUGCAGGUCUGUGCAAGCUCGUUUCUGCUUGAUGUUGAGCUUGGUCAGCUGCGAAUCUGCGACCUCAGCUUGGGUGAAGGCCACCAAUAUGGCCUGAUGUUUUCCCCAAGAAGCACUGAAGGCCGAUCGUUUGCAAAGAUUACGCUGACAAGCUCCAGCAUUAGUUCAAGCGGUGGUGGUUCCGAAUAUUCCCUCGGUGUGCAGACCUCUGAAAUUCGAAUGGUCUACCUUAACCGUUUCAUUCAAGAAGUUACGUCAUACCUUUCCGGGCUCUCACCACCACCUGAAGAAGAUACAGAGCAGGUUCUUCAUUCACCACCUGUCGAAGACCCGUCUGCACACGCUGUCGAUGCAACAGCAGUAACACCAAUCAAGAUCGCUGUCUUGUUUGGCGAAUUACUGCUGCUGCUUCCAGAAUCUUCCUCAAGUGAAGAAUACCUAGAGUUCGAUGUGGGAAGGCUGGAGAUUUCAAAUUCGAUUGAAGUCUUGAAGCUGCUUGGUGAUGGCAAGUCAAUUCACGAUAUUAGCCUGGACGUCAUGAAAGUGGAGAUUGAUGGCAUUCGCCUGCAUGCAAUGACCAAGGGUCAUAUCACUGACAAUAUGAUCGAGAGGCUUGUGGGCCUUCAGGUGUUUAUUGAGAGACCUCUGGGUGAUCCCACAGGCCUCAUGCCUGGCUGCCAUAUUUCAGUGAAGGUUGGGCAUCUCCAAGGAGGAAUGUGCAGUGCAGAGUAUGCAACUGUUCUUGACUGUGUUUCUGGAAAUUUUUUGGAAAUGCCACGUCCGACCUUGGUUUCCACUGCAGCACGUAAUUCCACUCCAGUGGCCUCCGUGACGCCAUUGAAGCAUGUGGAUUUGAAGACAUCUGUCCAUAUCCAGUCCCUUGCACUCCUCUUGUACAAAGGAUCUUCACGUGAAGCCAGAUUCGCCAAGCUUCAGGUUUCCAAUCUAUCUCUUCGCCACUUCCUGCACAGUGGAGGCAUCUCGCAGCUGUUUCUGUCUAUUUUUCAAGUUUUUAUCAAGGAUCUGACCCCUGGAGUUGCAACAGAGGAGCGAUGGGUUUUGGGAAUUGUGGAUGACAUGGAAGGAGUGAUUGCAACAGUGGGAUCUGAAAGUGCAUCUUCUGCUGAUUGGCCAACUCAUCUCUCUUUGCUUCCUCGUGAACAAAGUGGGGCUGAGCAUAUCCAUCCAUCACUGCCGAUGCUGAUUCUGGAAUCUCAGUUCACAGGCGAUGUCCAGAGCAUGUCACUUAGGAUUCAGCGUCCUCGGCUGCUGCUGGCUCCGCCAUUCAUCUCCCACCUUUUAAGUUUUUUCACUCGCUCUGAGGAUGUCGAAGCUGUAUCUGCCUCUGUUCCCCAAUGGAGGGAUGCGUUCCACCUUCGCACACCAUACACGCUUCAGCAAGCACCUGGUGUCUUGGAGAUUUACUCUCAGAGGCCACUUGUUGCUGAUGCGCCUGAAGUGUCAGCUUUUACUUUUGAUGGAAAUGGGGGUUCCAUCGAACUGGUGUGCGCUGAGCGCUCUGAAGCUACUGCUGCUGAAGCGCCUCUGAUCAUCGUCGGCCCGGGAAAACACCUCCGCUUCAAGAAUGUCCACAUCUAUGGAGCUGAAUGGUUUGCCUCUGUGAUUAAACUGGGAGCUGGAAGUAGUUAUUCAGUUGAUGAAGCUGAUGGUGUCAGAUUGCUGCCGAUGCGCCCAAAAGAUCGACCUUCUCAGCAGCUUGACAAGCCCAGAACUUCCCAGCGUGUGCCUGAACAAUCAUAUGGGCAUUGGAAGUUCAAUCUCCAGGCCAUUGGGAUGGAGUUGAUUGCCAUAGAUCAGGCACGAUGGGCAGCAAUAAAAUUAUCUUCUCCAGAGAACCUUUUGAGGCUCAAGGCUUCUCUUUAUUUCAGCAUUCAAACUGUGCGACGCAUGUCGGAGGUGAAUGUUGCAGUCAGGUCAUCCGGGAUCAGCACAGGCUCAGGGUUGUGCGUGAUAGAGCCUGUUGAUUCUAGAAUGAGGUUCACAUCCUCAGCAGGCUACACGGACAUCCAGUUUUCAGUUUCCGAUCUGCGUACCCACAUCACGUUCAACACGCUGGAGCUCAUCCUGAGGAUGCAGGAGAAGUACAUGAGCUCCGUGUACAGUGUUGCUGAAAAGCCUCAGCAUUUGUGCUUGCAGUUCAAGAAGGUGUGGGCCUAUGCAGGAAGGUCUGACAUGCAGAGGAUUUCGUUUUGGAGACCAAUUGCGCCACCAGGGUUUGUUGUGCUGGGUGACUGCCUGACAACAGAUGAUGCUCCCCCAACCAGAGGGGUCUUAGCUGUCAGCCUGGCAGGCGGCUAUGUGAAAAGGCCAGUCUCAUUUGCGAAGAUAUGGUCGUCCGAGGAGGAAUCUGAUGUCUCAUCAAGUCCAGAGUGCUCUGUGUGGGAACCAAUUCCCCCCCCUGGAUUUGUGGCUGUAGGUUGUGUUGCCCAUCCAGGAGCACAGCCUCCCUCAGCAUCUGCUGUGUACUGCAUAGAGUCGUCACAUGUGUGCCCUGCAGCACUUCGUGGCUGCAUAACGGUGCAAAUGAAUGACGGAUUGCAAUCAUUCAAGCUCUGGAGGAUCGAGAAUGCAUUGAACACAUUCUCUGCCCGUCAGGAACAGGAGGCUGCUUGUGCCUUUGCAUUUGACUUGCGCUAUCAGCUUCCUGCAAACACACCCAGCAAUCUUUCAUCGUCGCCACUUGAUGUGGAUGCUGUUGCUGGGGCUACAGGUCAGCAAGUGGAGGCUUCAAUGUCGUUGGAAGUUCCCUCUGUGGCAAUCUCAUCACGGCAGCAAGAAGGAUUUCAACAAGCCCAUUUCUUCAAGCUUGCUUGGGAGUCACACAGAGAGUUCUCUAGCACUGCAAUUUCUGUCUGGAGGCCCCUCUGUCCCGAAGGUUUUGCGUUUCUUGGCGAUGUCAUCCACUGCGGGUGCUCUCCUCCAAAUUCCACUGUUAUCAUUGAGGAGGUUGAUGACAGUCUCCUUGUGAAACCAUCAAGGUGGAAGCUGUUGAAGUACAUUCCAGCUCAAGGCACACAAGAUAGCGUUGCUUUUUGGUCAGCAGUUCCACCACCCGGUUACAGCUCCUUGGGAGUGGUUGUGACUACAGGGAAAACAGCUCCGUCCAAAGACAGUUUCCGUUGCGUGCGAAAUGAUGCAUGUGUACCUGUCAAAAUCGCUUCUGCUCCAGUUUUUGAACUGGUCUCACGCAAGGGAAAGCCCCUGUGCAAGCUUUGGCCUGUCGAGAAUCAGGUUGGGACUUUCUUGGUCACGACAAAGGGUCGAAAGGGGCCACCUCGGCGCCUUGGCUUGGGCAUUUUUGUGCUGGAUGAGCAGCGGCCAGUCUCACGAGUGUAUGUUGACGUCUCACUACCGGUUUUCUCUGUCACUCUCUACGAUGACUUCGGGAGCCUGAUGACUCCGCUCGUCAAGAUAAGCCUUGACAACCUGGUCGUGAAGUCUCUCUACUAUGGCAGCAAUGAUGUCCAUCAGGUCUCCUCUGGCUGCAGUGUGGAUGCGUUCAACAAUCGGCAAGAUGCGUGGGAGCCCUUUUUGGAGCCCUGGCAUGGGAUGGUCAGGGCUGAGUUGGCUGGGAAGGAUGGCCUUGAGCCACCACUGUCAACUUGUCGAGUGGUGUCCAACAGCAAGGUGAACAUCAAUCUAUCAUCAGUGAACGUCAAUCACUUCGGGGAGGCGUACGCAGACUGGCUGAAGCUCCUAGAAUCCAAGGAGGGUGCAGAGAGGGCCAUUCACAUGCUCGAGCAUGAUAAGGAUGAGGAAGGGGACACAGAAGAGUACUCACAUGCAACGGAGCGUCCUGCCUACAUCGUGCAGCACAAUUCAUCCGGCAUUGAUCUGUUCUUCCGAGUGCUGGACAAGAAGUUGGAGGCUAGAGUGUUCUGCUUGCCGUCUGGCAGCCAGGCUUGCAUUGUGGUGCCACCGGAGACCAGUUCUUCACAUCCGUCACCAGAGCAUCACAGCGGCGUCCAAAGAGGUUCCAUUCUCGCAUUUGGUAUCGGCGACCUCCAGAUUCCCAAGGAGCUGGUUUCUAAUCCAGGGGAGCUUGUCUGUUCUGUCUCGUUGACCUCAGCCAUUGAUGUCGAUGGGUUCCAGUGUGCUCAGCAUGCACGUACAAGCAUGAAGGUUCCUGCAAGUUCUGGGAACUCGUGGCUGGUUUCUUGGAAUGAGGUGUUUCUCUUCGAGAGCAUGCUAGAGGUAGGAAAGACGGUGUGUGUUGCAGUGGAGCGAAGCGCUUUCAGAGGUUUGGUUCUUCUCAGUUUCACUUGGGCUGCGAAGCCUGACGUGAACACGGUGGAACUCGAGUGUUUAACACACAAAAAUUCCACUGCAGGCCACACUUGGCUAUCCUCCAAUCUUGAGCCUGCGUCUGGCGACCAUGGCACUGCUCACCUCAGUGUAUUCCACCAGUUUGGCAAGAUUGGAGCUGACGGAAGAUUGGAACCUCUGGAUGAAGUCCCGGACUUGCCUGUCCGGGAGCAGUGGCAGCCAUUUCAGAUGUCACUGACAAAGGAUGGGCCAUGGUCUCCUAUUAACUCUGUCUAUGGUGGUGGUGUUGUUUCCAAACAACUGGGUGGCACCAUGCUGGCUGUUCAAGUGUCCAUGGUUGAAGGGGAGAAGCAUCUGAACGUCAGGUCAUUGGUGACUGUAGUGAACAAGACAGAGAGUAGAUUGGAGGUCUGUCUGUGCCCACGCUCACUAUUGUCACAGUCGUCCACUGAUGAGCACAGCAGCGCUACUGUGCAUGCUGCUGUAUCAGAACGAGCAAGGCAAGAUGCUUCUCAGGACGAGGGUGCUGUUGGAGGAGUUGAAGUGGUUGAGAUCUUUGAGAAUGAAAGGCAUCUGCCCUUCUUAGGUUGGAGCUCCUCUAACCUUCUUCCUAUCGACCCCAAGGGCUGGAGCGACCUCAAGUCAAACUCGUCCUCAAAGUUCUUCAAGGAGCCUGAGCUGCCUGCUGGCUGGAUCUGGAGUUCCGACUGGCACAUCGAAGUUUCAGAGCAUGUGGACAAGGACGGGUGGGCGUACUUCCCAAGCUUUUUGGAGGCAUCGUGGCCACCCAGGGGCACUGCACGUCGGGUGAAAGGAUUUCCUGAUGCUGUCCGAAGGAGGCGGUGGGUGCGAUUCCGGCAGCAGUCUCCACUGGCAAAAGCACCUGGUCGAGUUAGUUGUGGCUUGGUUGAACCAGGCAGCGCACUUUCUCUUCCUGUCCCACCUGCAUCAACAGAACAGACUGACCCGUGCAUCCAAAUGCGGCCGUAUGUUGCACCAUUUGACGAGUCUGCAACCCCAUUCUCAUGGGGAUCUGUUGACAAGCAUACAUCAAAGGUGAUCAAGGACACCUCCACCUCAAAGCAGGCGCUUCCUCCCUUCUCAGACUUCCCUUUUCUAACCCUUGGAAAGACUCAAGAGUUGCUGUCCUGUCAGCGAUCAUCAACAGACAGUGAGCGCCCAGAAACCCGCUGGAUGCUGGUGGAGUCGAUCGGCACCCCGUUAAGCAAGCGCUCAAACUUCACCCCAACCAUGGACUGGGAGAUUGUUGCAGAAGCGCCCAUGACUUUUUGCAACCUGUUGCCAGAGCCAGUCACUCUAUCCAUUUGGAGCUCUGAUCCCCCAUCAACUGAUGUUCUGCUGAAGGAGGAUGAUCUGGUGUUGGAACCUGGAGCCAAGAAGGGAGUCUUGUCUGUACACCCAAAGGGCCGUCUUCUUGUGUGUCUGAAAAUUCGUGAUGUGUGGGUUCCACGAGAUGAAUCUGAGGAGCGUUUGACAAUCUUUCACCCACAAGAGCCUCCUCCGUCAGAGGUCACUCUGAUGCAUAAAGACACGAACAGGCAACUUCAAGUGUCCAUUGAUCGGACUUGGUCUGCCACCUUUGGCACGCUGAAGGAGGUCAUCUUCUCAGUUCCCUGCUGGGUAGACACAGCUGGCUGCCCUCCCUUGGUCCUCUCCCUGUCUCAUGGGUCUUCUGUUGCCGCCAUAGCUAGUGGUUCCUUCCACAGCCUCAAGCGGGCAUGGACAGAACACAAGUGGGAUGGUAAGACUUCGAGGAAUCUGUUGCAGAGCCAACUUCAAAAGGACGAGGUGGUGCAUGUGGGGGCCGAGGGAGGAAGCACAGUCAUGCUGUCCAAGUGCGAUGACACCUCUGUCAUUCGCUUUGCACUGGAUAGAGCAGGGGGCGUGGAGGAGUAUGGGCCGGACCUGUCAAUUGCAACUGUUCAGUCUCAGAGCACUAUGUGCGACUCACAGGCCACAGCAGCCGAUGGCUCAUAUCUACCUCUUGUGGCUUUCAUGGACGUCAGCCCUUUCGGCUCUCAGGCCACAAAGGUGCUGAAGGUCCGGCCAUUGCUCACUCUCACUAAUCGAUUAGGAGAACCAGUGUUUGUGAGACCACCAGGGGCAGAGGAGCAUAUCACAGAGUUGGCUCCAUCUGACUGGCACAAGCCACUUGUUUAUCCACGCGCUUUCGGAACAGACACCUUCCAGGUUCGUACCAGCUUAUCCACGUGGAGCUACCCGCUCAAGCUUUCGGUGGAUGCUGAGGUGAUCGCUGUUGUGCGACUGCUGAGAGACAAUUCCCGCCACUUCAUUCGAAUAGACGCCCGGUUUGGAGGGGCCACGUCCAAGCAUAUGAUAUCGUUUCGGUUUGGUGGUUUUCACCUUCCUUUUAAGCUCGAAAAUCUCUCCAGCCACAGUAUCUGGUUCCGGCAAAGUGGUCUACCCAUGACAUCAUGGGAGGUCCUCUUUCCAAAGUCAGCUGCUGCGUUUGCUUGGGAAGACCCAGGCGGGGAUCACUUCUUGGAGGUUUAUGCCCAAACUCAUGAGGAGUCUGUUGGAGCCUCUCUAGAGAGCAGAGCGCAUCCUCCAGGCUCCAUGCUGUACGAUCUGUCAGAGCCAGGAGAUCUUGCCUCGCUUCCUCUGCCUGCUCCUGGUGGGCGUCUGCAUGUUCAGACGUUUGAAUGUGACAGUGUCCGCAUCAUUCGUUUCAUGAACAGUGGAGGUAUGACUGGGGAGGAGGAAGAGGAGGAGGAGCAGCAGCAACAACAGCAGCUGAGGGAUGGUGAGGUGGCCGCACCUGCUGGCUCGGCUCUUGAGUGGCAGCAGAGCGCCAAUGCCGUGAACAAGGGCUCGAGAAUGGAGAUCAGUCUGGACCUCAUGAGUGUGGGCCUGUCAAUCAUUGACCAGCGACCUCAGGAGUUGCUGUAUGCGUUCUCAGAAGGUUUUCUGCUGGACUACCGCUAUGAUGGGCGAGAUGACUCAAGCAGGGUGAAGCUGAUACUGAAGAGCCUGCGCAUCGAUAAUCAGCUGCCUCUGUCUCCCUUGCCGGUGCUUCUGUUCUUGGAGCAGAAAGGCAUGCCUGAAAAGGACUAUGUCUUAAAGUUUCUUGUCUCAUGUCGUGGCAGCAUGAAGCAAGACGAAGUCUGCUACCCGAAACUCACGCUUUGGUUGGCACAGGAGCCGUGGCAAGUGAAUAUACAUGAGGCCAUUGUGUGGCGGCUGUGGGAGCUGAUGGAGAGCAUUUGCUGGGAGCACUUCUUUGCAGCGGAGAAUGGUGUUGCGGAUGGAGGGGCAGUGGCCGCUGUCCAGGUCGACCCAAUGAUUCGCAUAGACCACCUUGUUGUCUCGGGUGCUCACCUCAAGCUUACGCUUGAAGCUGCCCCGACAUCCCGGCCGGCACAGCUCCUUGGCGCGUGGAACACUCUCGUCACUGCAGCAGGCAACACCAAGCGCAUGCCGGUCCGGCUGUCAGGGGCAACAGCUGAGUCGAGACGACUGCGCAGGAGCAUCUUCAUGGAUGCAGUGGUGCGGCAUGUGCUGCGGGAUCUCUUGCACCAGUCACUGAGGCUGCUCUCUGGUGUGGACGUGCUGGGGGUCAUCAGCUCCACGCUCACUGCUCUUGGACAUGGAGCUUCGAGGCUCGUUCAUAAAGAGGACAUGAUCAAUAGGCACUUCCAGCAGGCUCUUGGCAACCAGCUGGACAACGUUGGAGAGGGCCUUCUCUAUGGUGCCGAGGCGAUGGCUAAAGGAGUGGCCUUAGGGGUGGCUGAUGUCCUUGUCCGGUCUCGCUCUGGCUAUGAGACCCAUGGGCCACCAGGACUGCUCCUUGGGUUCGGAAAGGGCUUGGCAGGGCUUGUGGUGCAUCCAGUGACGGGCUGUUUGCACUCUCUGGCGUUCCUUGUCGCUGGCCUGGAUGCAUCUACUGCUUCAUGUGCUCGCAUGGUGCAGCGAAAGCAUCAGCUGCAGCGGCUGCGUCUGCCCAGGGCGAUUUCUGCUGAUGGGGUUGUCCACGAGUACAGCAAGGAUGACGCAGUUGGCCAG